UUUGUGCCAACCACUCGACUAACUGUGUUUGUUGAAGAGCCUGUGGGUGAGCCAGUAUUUAUCUCCGAGUUAGCGUAGGGAAUAAACACGUUGGCUGUGUUGUAUGGUUUACGUUUAUUUCGAACAAAUUCGAUUUUCUUAUUGUUUAAGUUUAACGCUGCGCGUCGCUCUCAGGUCGUGUUCUGUGUUGGUACAAAAACAAGAAUGUUGUUCGAAGGAAGUGGCUUUCCGAAAGAUGUCUCGGCGCUGGACAUCAGGAACGGGAUCCAGCGGUAUCUCGGUAUCAUGGUCCUUGUGAAUAAGGAAAAGGGAAACACACGGUAAGGUCGAUUCUAAGUAUCGCGCGAAAAAAAUGCUUCACAGGCACAGGCUUGGUCUGAAUGACAAAGACAUAAUAUCUUCCCCGCGUGCCUCCUACGCCUACCUUAGGACCAGCACGGCGAAAGAACUAUUGCCUUCCUCCGUACGUAAGAACAAAACGAGCACUUGUGUGUCACACCCUCUGUGUCACAAUGUCACAGCGAAGCAUUUUUUUCCGUGCGAUUCGAAGUAGCGUACAUUCUAAUUAGGGCCGCAAGGGCACGGGUUGGGGUUUGAGGGGUUUUAGGGUUUCCAUCGCGUGCCGGGUGCCAUGGAUGGCUCCGGUCUUCUUUUGCAAAACGACAAGCAAAUGCGAGUGCGACCUGAAGUUGAACGACAGCAUGCUGUCGGUCCCCGGCGCCGACGAGAAGUUCUAUCGCUUCGCGGUGUAUCUUCAUGCCGGAUACACCGAACCGGAGUGCGCGAGUCGCAUGCUGGUGCUAAAUCUGCGGUGCUGAGACGGCCGAACUUCAUCUUCAGUAGUAGCGCAGAAAUCGAAAUUCCCGCGCUGCGAGGCUUCCUGAUGACAUUGGUUGCCCUGUCUCGGGAGUCUGAAUCUCCCGGGUCGUGCCACGAAAGUUAACGAUAAAAGCAGCGGCGCGACGCUCUUAGUCACCAAAGAGGUGCUGGCGAUCAAGAUGCGGGAGUGGGACCUUCUGUUCCACCGAAAUAGCGCGCGACUACGACGCUCGAGAAUAAACGCGGAGACGGCUGAAGUCCCGGCAGGACAAGGUGACACGAGCAGUUUUGAACAACUCCACUUGGUACAGCGACGCCGUGGGAACAAAUCUUCCUGGAAGAGCUGCAGUGCGAGAUAAACAUCUGAUCUCGGAACCAACAAAAAGUACUGGCAGCGCAACGCAAGAUCACCUCGGAAUAAGUCCCGGCAGGGCAUUGCGAGAGUACCUCGAUACAACCAGUCCUGGCAGGUCGACGCAGUUGGGGCGAUUGCUGGCAGAAGGGCGACGCGAGAUGCAAAAUAUCUCGGAGCAAGUGCUGGCAGCGCAAGCUCAGCGCGAGAGUGCCUCGGCAUAAUGCUCGGCGCGGAAUCGCGAUAAUAACACGGCGAUGCAGUUACAACUCCUGGCAGGGGUACGCAGUCGGGACGAUUGCCGGCAGGGCAUUGCGACAUAACAAUAUCUCGGAGUAUUUGCUGGCAGCAAAACCAAAACGCGAGAACACCUCGAAGCUCGUCCUUGCAGGGCGCUGCAGUCGGAUGAACCAUUGCCGGCAGGGCAUCGCGAGCGAAAUAUCUCGCAAAAUAAUGUGCUGGCAGCACAACGCGAGAGUGCCUCGGAAUAAGUCCCGGCAGGGCAUCUUGAGAGUACCUCGGGACAAGUCCUGGCAGGGCAACGCAGCCGGAUGAACAAGCGCAGCUGGCACGACAAGGCAACACUGUCUCGGAAUAAGUCACGUGGUCCCGAAGGGGCAUCGCGAGAUCAACUCCGCACAGAAAGUGCUUGCAGGAUAGCGUGAGAUGGCAUCGGAAAAGGUCUAGCGGGCCCGAAAGGGCACUGCGAAACUAACUCUGAAGUGCUUACAUCACAGCGCGAGGCUGUCUUGGAGAAGGUCUAGCGGUCCCGAAAGGGCAUCGCGAAACUGACUCUGUAAAAGAACUGCUUGCUGCAGGGCGACAGCGCGAGAUGGCAUCGGAAAAGGUCUAGCGGUCACGAAAGGGCAUCGCGAAACUAACUCUGUACAGGAACUGCUUGCUGCAGAGCGACAACGCGAGAUGGCAUCGGAAAAGGUCUAGCGGUCCCGAAAGGGCAUCGCGACACUAACCGCAACCAAGAACUAAAGGCGCUUGCAGAACACAGCAGGAACUUCGCCUGUACCUGUCGGCGCUUCGCAAUUACUGGUACUUUUCGCGAGGCAAACCGAUCCCCAUUCCGCGAACUUUUAUACCUCAAGCGAGGGCGGGUCUCUCGCUGCUGCUGCGAUCGAUCCCCAUUCCACUAAGAACUUUGAUACCUCCGGGAGCCCGGCCACCUUUUUGCUUUUUUUUUUGUUUUUGUUUGUCUUCUCUUCUGUUCUUUGGUGUCCAUGAUUCUGAUAGAGCUACGCGCCCCCCUGGGGGGGUUGCGAGAAAUGCCCACCGGCUUGGCCGUUUGGAUCUUUUCCCAACCAUUGAAACAGGUGCCUCAUCGAGACGAAGCCUGCAGAUGCGUGGUUGCAUUUUGCCCGGGGCGGUGAUUGUCCCCAUCUCUUGCAGGCACACGUCCGGGACCGUUACGGGGAGCGGGCGGAGUUAAAGCAAGUGGAGGUGCGUGGACGGUAGAUGUUGCACUCACCGCUCGGAGUCAUAUCAUGAUGCUCGUUGACACUACCUAGUUACAGCAAUACCCAGUCAACUCCUUCUCUCGCGAUCAUUUGUGGAUGUGGUGUCUUCAUUUAAUAUAUGGAUGUGGU